UGAGUCGUUUCAUCUCGCGAGAAUGUACGCGACCUUCAUAGUCAGUUCCAUGAUGGCUGAAGAUCCUGGAGGAGCUUUCUUUAAUUUCACCCUCAUUUUUAUCGUUUUUUCGUUACCUCUGCAGGAAAGAUGGCAGGGCACACAGCCUCGAUAAACGGCCAUAGACCCCCGCUGUCGUCAUGCCCAAGAAAGGGAACCGAGAACGGCUGAAAUUUAGAGCCGAGGAUGUUUGCUCGGAGUCAGUAACCGUGGCUGACUAUGCCAACGCCGAUCCCGCCAUCGUAAAGUCGGGAAGAGUUAAAAAGGCUGUUGUUAAUGCAAUUGAAAAAGAAGUGAAAUUACUCUGUGGGCUUGAGGCAUCCCAGGGUCCUGUGCAGGAAGUACUCUCCUCUGCAGCUGGUGUGAGUAAUGCAGCCCGUGAGAGCAGUGAUGAACUGGACUCGGAGGAAGGGGAUGAAAUCAAAGGGUCCCGCAAAAAGAAAAAGAAAAACAAAAGAGGCAAAGAAAACAGUGAGAGCAUAGAUGGAGAGGAGUAUCCCAUUGAUAUUUGGCUUCUGCUUGCUGCAUAUAUUCGGCCAGAAGACGUCUGCAGAUUCUCUUUGAUCUGCAAGAAUGCUUGGACUGCCACGUGCACAGCUGUAUUUUGGACACGACUCUACAAAAGGCACUAUAAUCUUGAUGCAGACCUCCCCGAUCGCCUUCAACCUGAUUCUAUUGCAAAGAUGCGUUGUCUUCGUGCACGUGUUAUACGCUCGCUUUUUCACUUAUAUGAGCCCUUUAGCUUGUGGGUGUCGAAAAAUCCUCUUCUGCCUGAAUCUACACCUACCACACUGCUCAAUUCCAAGUGUUUGCUGUUUUGGGUCAACAAAGUGUCUGGAAGUAGGUCAGAGCUGAUGUGGGAGUUCAACUUUAAGUUUGUGAAACUGCCAACCAAGGGCAAAAACGGAUGUGGUUUGAGUCUUCAGCUGCCCAAGCAGUAUAAAGAUGUUCACGCUAAUCCAGACUCGGACUGUUAUCUGCUGCGGGUCACUACCCUCAAUUUCAUUUUCACUUCUGUUGUGAUGGGCAUGACGUUAACUUUGUUCACCAUUAAUGUGAGCACAGACAUGAGGCACCACCGAGUGCGCCUGGAUUUCCAGGAUUCACCAGUCAUGCGAGGGAAGAAGUUUAGGGGUGAACAAGGGGUGCAGGUAGUGCUGGACCCUGUCCACAGCGUGCGCCUCAUGGACUGGUGGCACCCACAGUACCCCACAUCCUCAUAUAAUUAGACUGAACUCCAAUCUUCUCACAAAAACAUUGGAGAAGACAGUUGAGGCCUGUUUCAACCAACCCUAAAGCCCUGGCUUUGCAGGUUUUUUAUUUUCUGCAGAAUUUUACUCGUUGCACUUAGUAUGCUGCUUUUUAUAGUGUGCUGAUCUGUAGUCCAAACUGAAAAUGUAUAUGGCAAUUGGGUACUUGCCAUAUUUAAUUUAAUAAAAAAAAAAAAAAAAGUGGUAGUUUUCACGAUAGAAGUACACAAAUUAGAAGGCAGUUCAAUGUCAUGAUGCCAUUGUCCACCUAUUUUUUCCCCUCUCUUCCUUAAUGGUCAAAUUCCUAAUUCACAAGAAUGCGCCCUCUGAACAGACUCUGCUUGCCACCCUCAGUUUUUAUAGCAAAAGUCCUUUCAAAUUAAGUAUGGCAUUUACCCUAGAACAUGGUAUAC